AUGCUUAGUUGUAUUUGUAUAAGUAAGGUUGCAAUCAUUUCAGAUCAAUCUGUUAUGUGCUAUAGCGACCAGAUGCUAGUUAACCUGGAAUUCGUGGAACCAUUCGAUGGACUUAUUUAUAUCGAUGAAUCGUAUAAUAAGGAGUGGUGUAAAUGGGAAGGCACAUCAUCGUUGUAUCUCAAUUUGUCAAUUCCAACAAUUGAUGCGAAUAAGGAUGCAAAAUCUUGUAAAACAUCCAUAAAACAGUCAACUGGUGAGAUAUCAGUAUCACUGAUAAUCAAUCCAAUGAGGACUGUAAUUGUGAAUGGCGUCACAAAUUUAGAAGUUCGUUGCUUGUAUAUUGUGGAUGACAUUACGGUGACGCUCGCUCGAAUUACUAUGAAGGGAAUUAGUGAGCAAACUGGAGUUGUGACUGGCAGUGGAGGUACACCAGCUUUUCUCAUCCAAAUACUUGAUGGCCAUGGAAUCGAAGGCCAAGCAAUUACGGAGGCUAGUGUUGGGCAAAAAAUAACAAUGGAUGUCUUACUUAAAGAUACAGCAAUUUAUGACUUUGUUGCACAUUCUUGCUAUGCACACGAUGGUACCAAUAGUCCUGACGCUUCGGUCCAAAUUAUCGAUGCUAACGGCUGUGGUGUGAAACUAGCCAGGGCUAUUGAUGUGCCAGUUAUGGUUAGCCAAGCAAAAAUUGGUGAACCGAAACAUGUUUAUGUUCAUAUGUAUGGCUUUCAAUUCACUUCUUCACAAUAUGUUCAUUUUGAAUGCCAAGUACGACCAUGCGUUCAUACAUGCAUGCGUAAGCAGUGUGAUAUCGCUAAUAAUAAUAAAUUCACAUCUAUGAGGCAAUUAUUUCGUAAAUUACGAGAUGCAAACAGUAUGCAACAAUUAAAGCUCCAAACUGUUUUACAAAUGAAACCACAAAUUCCAUUCACUUCGGAAUUUCACUUUGCAUUCGAAGGAGAAAGCGCUACUUCGAAUCAAGCAUCUACGAGGAUUCUUCUCCAUCGUAUAAUAUUUCACGCAUGCAAUAGAUUUGGCUAA